AUGUUAAACACAGCCAUUGCUCUUGACCUCGGAUCAUCACUGACACGAAUUGGAUUCGCAGGAGAGGACUCACCGAGUCAUGUCAUUCCAUCUCUGGUGGGCCUACCUCGCCAACAUCAGUCAGCCAUGCAUGAUCUGAACAGCCGUUGUCGGUACAUUGGUCAAGAAGCCUUGCAAAAAGGAGUUUGUAAAAUCAUUCAUCCAAUCCAACACGGAAUAAUCCACAAUCAUGAUCAUAUCGAAAGUAUUAUUGAUUAUUCACUUUCUCAGCUCUUCACGAAAGAACACGAGAGAUAUAGUUACUAUGAGCAUCCAAUUAUUGUUUCAUGUCAUCCCCAUGAUCCCAAUCAACAAAAAGAACUCUUAACGCAAAUACUUUUCGAAGUAUUUAAUUUUCCUCAAAUAUUUAUUACGAGUAGUGGAUUUUUAACCUUGACAUCGCAUGGAAAGCUGUCAUCAGUGGUACUUGAAUGUGGAGACGGAGUGACAAGUGUCAUGCCGUUCGUGAAUGGCUAUUGUGUCAUGAAUGCUGUUUCUCGUGUGAAUUUUGCAGGAUCUAAUUUAACUGAAUAUUUGAAAUUAUUGUUAAAAUUGAGAGGAUUUUAUUUUGAAACAAGUAAUGAACUAGAAACCAUUGUAAAGGAUGUGAAAGAAAAAUUAUGUUAUGUAGCAUUGGAUUUUAAUGAGGAUUCUAUACAUCAUGUCAAACCUCAGAACUUGAAAAAUCCUAUGAACUGCCAGAUGGCCAACAUUGACCUUAAAUUCGAACGAUUUCAAUGCAUGGAAGCUCUUUUUCAACCUACAGAGCUCAUUGGAAAAGAAACUCAAGGAAUUCAUGAAUUGCUUUACAAUUCCAUUCUCAAAUGUGAUUUGGGAAUUCGAAAAGAAUUAUUUUCCAACAUUGUCGUGAGUGGAGGCAGUACCAUGAGUGCGGGAUUUGUGGCACGACUGUCAAAAGAGAUGAAUUCAUUGUUGACAAACUCUUCACAAGUAAGAAGCUCAAUUGUUGCACCUCAAAGUCGAAUGAAUUCUGUUUGGAAAGGAGCAAGUAUUUUGGGAAGUUUAGAAAUGAUGAAUGAUUUGUAUCUUUUUCGAGAGGAAUAUUGGAAAUGGGACCAAGUGUGGUGUUGCGAAAGUGUUUAA